AAAAAAUUCUCAUUUAAUACCAUACAGGCCAUGGAAAAUCACACUCAGUCGCAGGAUCGGUAUGAGCAUAUUGCAUUGGAUGUAGUCAAGCAGUUUGGCGAGCUUCGCGAGUUAGUUGACAAGCUGAAUAACCAAGUACAGCAAAAGUGCAUCGCUGAUACGGUGGCAGCUCCUGUUGUCAGUGGCACCAGUGCUGAGGCUCAGGACGAGAUUGAGAAACUGCACAUUCGCAUAACGCACCUGCUACGCGCUCUGGAUAGCAAGGACGAGACGAUCAAACAGCUGCGGGUGGAAGCGCGGCUAUGCAGCAAGCCCCGUCAAUAAGUAUGAUUUUUCUCUCCUUUUACUUGCGUUUGAGUUGACUUUUAAUAGAACAAGCUUUAUAUUCCAAAUAUG